CUUCAAAUGGAGCGCUUUCUUAUGUUAAGACUUUUUUUUUGAUCGAAUUUUUACGACUCUAUGUACUUCUAAUAUGCUGCUGUUUUUUGAUCGAAUUAGAUUUCGCCUCACCUGCUAAAAUUAGAGGACACAAGGAGUUCGACUCAAGUAUUAGGAACGCAGGGACCUCCUGGAGAUGGUGGCGGUGGUAGAAAGUUUUGUAACUAUAUUUCGCAAGGAGUGUUUCGUCUUGCCUAUGAUCGGGAGCAAUCGCAUUGUAUAAAUGUACAGGAUCAAAGUAGAUCUAGACAGCAUUCUAUUUCUAAACCUAGGGCGUCUUCUACGAGUUUCCGCCUGCCUGGAUGGGCCUCAUCCUCUGCCAUCUCAUAGACGGACCUCGCGCAGCUUACAACCGCUUUAUUGCGAUCGGUGGACUGAUACCAGCGGACAUUCUAGGUGUCAACGGUAGUUGGAUGCUGCUUGUGUGCGUGUUGUGGGUAAUGGUUCAGACUGGCAUUCUUACUACAGAAGCAACAUCGUCGAC